AUGAACUUCAGCUCAAAUGCCCUUUGCGGCAGUCACACCAGCAAAGAAAACAUUCCAGCUUCAAGCAAAACAGAUGCUCUGAAGGUCCAGCGACCCAAGCAGCGGACAGUCCUCGGUGUGUUGUCAGAAAAUGAGCAGUGUGGUCGAUCGCUCAGCCAGGGAAGCCAAUUUUCCAAACACAGUUCAAUCUCAGACAGCUCCCAGCUCGCCUUCCUUGGCCGUUCCUCCACUUCCAACUUUGAUGUGUAUGUUGAGGAGGCUUGUGAAGUUGUUCUGGCGGCUUCCGGUCAGGAAGUGGUCUCAGACAGCUAUUACCUAGAUGGCAAAACUGCUGCACUGCAACAUGAAGAGUUGAAACUUCUGCUGGAACUCAGUUCAAGUUUAUGCCAGGAUGCUUCUAUGCAGCCUGAACCAGAUACAUCCUUGAUGUCAGAGGAGGUGCUUUGUGUUUCAGAGUAUGCAGAGGACAUUCACCUGCACUUGAGGGAGAGUGAAAUGAGGACCAAGGCAAGGCCAGGCUACUUAGAAAAACACCCAGAGAUCACCAACGACAUGCGGGUCAUCCUGGUGGACUGGCUGGUGGAAGUCGUCCAGGAAUACACGCUUCGUUCUGAAACUCUGCACCUGGCUGUCAACUAUUUGGACCGCUUCCUCUCCUGCACGACAUACGUGAAACGGGGCAAGCUGCAGCUGGUCGGUACAGCUGCAUUGCUGAUUGCUGCAAAAUACGAGGAGAUCUUCCCUCCGGAGCUGAACGAGUUUGUGUACACCACAGACAACACCUACACUAAGAAGCAACUGGUCCGGAUGGAGGAUGUUUUCCUCAGAGUGCUGGCUUUCAAGAUGGCAGCCCCCACCACAAACCAGUUCCUACGCCUCUUCAUGUCCAUCCACUCUGUCUGUGCCAACACAAAGAACCUUGCCCUUUAUGUAGCAGAGUUAAGCCUGCUGGAAAUUGAUCCAUUCCUACAGUACACCCCAUCUAUAACAGCAGCUGGAGCUUACUGCCUAGCCACUUACACUGUUAACAAAUCUCUCUGGCCUGAUUCCUUACAUACCUUUACUGGCUAUACCAUGGCUGAAAUUGUGCCUUGCAUGACUGAUCUCCACAAGCUAUACAUCAGUGCAGAGAGUCGCCCACAACAGGCCAUCAGGGAAAAAUAUAAAAGUUCCAAGUAUUGUGGUGUUUCAUUGCUCACUGCACCUGCUGAUCUGCCAUUCCUAUGAAUAACUGCCCCACCCUUCUUUGACGCUUCUGC